AUGCGCUCGCUGGCGUUCCUGUGCGCGCGCCGCGUGGCCGCGCACCCGGCGCUGGUGGCACCGAGGCGCUUCGGCGACCUCGUGAGCCUCCGGCUGCCCUACGGCAACGUGGACGUGCGGCGCCUGCCGCCCGGCGCCGACCUCGCCGGCCUGGCCGCGCGCCUCGGCCGCCUGGCGCGCCUCAAGGAGCUCAACCUGGGCUCCUCCCGGCUUUCGGGGCAGCUGGCGCUGCUCCUCGGCGACCUGCAGGGUCCCCUGGAGAGCCUGGAACUCGCCUUCUGCUCCCUGCUCCCCUGCGACCUCGCCUACCUGUCGCGGAGCGCCCACGCGCCGGCGCUCAAGAAGCUCGACCUGAGCGGCCACGACCUCUCGGCGGCGCUGCUGCAGCCCUUCCAGGAGCUGCUGGAGGCCGCCGCGGCCUCGCUCCUCCACCUGGACGUCAUGGAGUGCCGGCUGGCGGACGGGGCGCUGCGCGCGCUGCUGCCGCCGCUCACGCGCUGCCGCCGCCUCCGCUCGCUCGGCCUCUUCGGCAACCCGCUGUCCACGGCGGCGCUCCGGGAGCUGCUGCUGCGCACGGCGCCGCUCGCCGAGCUGCGCCUCGUCGUCUACCCCUACCCCGCGGACUGCUACCACGAGGAC